AUGCUCUUUAAGUACGAUGUUUUUAUUGAGUUGAUGACGCCAGCCUACAAUGAUUACGAGGAGAACGAGAUCUCGGCGAGAGAGGACAAGUAAGUGAGAUUGAGGAUAAAUAAUUUUUUUCUGAGCUUCUCCCAUGUUGUCGAUUGCAACUGAUUGCAAAAAAGUCAAGUUUAAAUCUUUAGUCGUUGCCAAGAGCAAGGUUUUUUUCAAACUUUACGUCGACCAAUUUCAGGUCCGUGGCCUCCGAAAAGAUCAUGUUGACUGAAAAAAUUGUGGCCGACUAUAUUCGUAUAUACCACAGUCACUUAUGUUUCGUAUAUGAUUCGAAGCAUCUAUGCUAUCUGCAUCAACCGAUGCCUUUCCCGUUCCACAUCGGUGAAAUUCGAAUGGACCACAAGGCAUUUCUUAUUAAGAUGAGCUUCAGUGAAGCCCAAAGAAUCGGCGAUUUGGACCAGGAGACUUUGGAGAUUUUUGGCGCCCUCUUGAUCAGCCAGGCAUUGAAGCACCGGCUGAGAUUUGAACCUCUUCAAUAUGCGCACCUCUAUGUGCCGGAAGAUGCCUGUUAUGAAAAUAGGGAUGGAACAGGCGUCAUUCUUCGUCUGGCUUAUAAGAGGACCGUUUACCUGACGGAUGGUGGUGAUACGCCCUCCAAUGAAGUCCCCACAGACUUCAUUGGAGGAGCUAUUGUGGUAAGAGACAGUAAGUUUUGUCUGUUGUACGAUUUGAUUCGCCCAUAGGCGGGCCUGCGACAAAAAAAAAUUCGGCCAAAAAUGGCUAGGGAGGACUGAAAGUACUCCUUUUUUAUGGAAGAAUUACCCUCUACGGUAGAUCUAGGUAUGAAACUUUUCGUGCCAAAACUCGUGAAAAAGUCUCAUACUAUCACAUAAAAAUACUAUCCGACUUAGCACAUAAAAUAUUUGGAAUUUUCUGCAAAGAGCUAGGAGUCUCGCAUGUCCUAGAAAAAUUAAUCGCGCAAAAGUUUCAUGAAAAUUUACCAUGUAAGGUAAACUUAUUCCCGCUGAUUUCAGUAAAGUUAGAGCCUACCUUUGGUAGCCUCUUUUCCCUGUACGACUUAUGGGCGAAGAGGCGGCUCCAUGGGGAAGGCGACCGGGAAAUCGAAGACACCUUCCAAGGGGUCUGUUUCCGGGUUUGCUUUGACCCAAAACAGCGAAUAAAAUUCGCACGAUUUAGCGAUGGGCCGAUUGGUGAUAUCCAGUAAGUUUCCAGACAUAAAUUUUUUUUUGCCUAUUUCUAUACCGAUACUUUUAGGUUUGAACAUGGAAACGUCGCUGAUUAUUUUAACAAUAAGUUUGGGGUAUUCGUAAACCCAACUUUCAAGGCGAUGGUCACUGAAAAGAGACAGUUUUAUCCAAUUGAAUUUGUGUAUCCCGUCCAAGGACAAUUUGUUGGAAAAAAGGAACGAGAAAAGGUCAACGAUUGGAAGGAGGUAAACAAUUUUUCAGCUCUGACUAGGGAACUGUACAAACUGACCAUCACCAAAUGGUAAGUGUAAUAUUAUACACCGUUGGAAAGCCCUUGAGAAGUAAUACAUACAGCGGGGGACCUGAUCCAGUGGAAAAAAACGUACCAUUUUGCAUCCGGGAAGUAUCCAAAAUAUGGCAAAAUCCUUCCCUCUCCAAGUGAAAAAACAGAUUUCAAAAGCGCGUCCGCUCUUUUUGUGAAGAAAAGGAGGUGCCCUUCAAAACGAAGUUUUUUUUCACUUGGACAGGGAAGCAUUUUGCCACUUUUUUGAUACUUCCCGGCUGCAAAAUGGUACGUUUUUUGCCACUGUAUCAGGUCCCUCACUGUAGUAGUACUAAGGCUUUCGAACGGUGUAUAAUAUUAUACUUGCUAUUUGGUGAUGGUCAGUUUGUACACUUUGCUAGUAAGUACACCCUAAGGCGUUCUUCUUUUUGCAGUUUCGACUCCUUGAACAUGAACUCCGAAAGAAACAUGAAGAAUUGUUUCACCAAGCUCUAAAUGCUGGCGAUUUCGCUGAUUUUUUUCAAUUUUUCGGAAUGAAGACUUGCGGAUAUGAGGACAAGCCAUUGUCUUCUCUACAAAGGUCGAGGAGCAAUAGUGGCGCGACGUAAGUCAUUUUUUUGUUCCAAUGCCGCUUCUGCAACAAGAAACCGAUAAUAUAAAUUGCAGAGUAGAAAUAUGCAUGGACACAUCGCAUAUUUCUACUCUGCAAUUUAUAUUAUCGGUUUCUUGUUGCAGAAGCGGCAUCGGCACUGACGGUGGCCCCUCUGGAUUGGUUUCUCCGGCCGCCACGCACGAUGAGGACGAAGGUCCGCAGGACUGA